AUGGACAUUUACAUACAUACCAGCCUGCACAAUAGCGAGACCAGCCUGCACAAUAGCGAGACCAGCCUGCGCAAUAGCGAGACCAGCCUGCACAAAAGGGAGACCAGCCUGCCCAAUAGCGAGACCAUUCUGCCCAAUAGCGAGACCAGCCUGCCCAAUAGCGAGACCAGCCUGCCCGAUAGCGAGACCAGCCUGCCCAAUAGCAAGACCAGCCUGCCCAAUAGUGAGACCAGCCUGCCCAAAAGCGAGACCAGCCUGCCCGAUAGCAAGACCAGCCUGCACAAUAGCGAGACCAGCCUGCCCAAUAGCAAGACCAGCAUGCCUAAUAGGGAGACCAGCCUGCCCAAUAGCGAGACCAGCCUCCUGCACAAUAGGGAGACCAGCCUGAAAAAAAGCGAGACCAGCCUGCACAAUAGCGAGACCAGCCUGCCCAAUAGCGAGAUCAGCCUGCCCAAUAGCGGUACCAGCCUACACAAUAGCGAGACCAGCCUGCACAAUAGCGAAACCAGCCUGCACAAUAGCGAGACCAGCCUGCCCAAUAGCGAGACCACCCUGCACACAAGGGAGACCAGCCUGCCCAAUAGUGAGACCAUUCUGCCCAAUAGCGAGACCAGCCUGCCCAAUAGCGAGACCAGCCUGCCCAAUAGCGAGACCAGCCUGCCCAAUAGCAAGACCAGCCUGCCCAAUAGUGAGACCAGCCUGCCCAAAAGCGAGACCAGCCUGCCCAAUAGCGAGACCAGCCUGCACAAUAGCGAGACCAGCCUGCCCAAUAGCGAGACCAGCCUGCCCAAUAGGGAGACCAGCCUGCCCAAUAGCGAGACCAGCCUCGAGACCAGCCUGCACAAUAGCGAGACCAGCCUGCACAAUAGCGAGACCAGCCUGCCCAAUAGCGAGACCAGCCUGCCCAAUAGCGAGACCAGCCUGCACAAUAGUGAGACCAGCCUGCACAAUAGCGAAACAAGCCUGCAUAAUAGCGAGACCAGCCUGCCCAAUAGCGAGACCAGCCUGCCCAAUAGCGAAACCAGCCUGCCAAAUAGCGAGACCAGCCUGCACAAUAGCGAGACCAGCCUGCACAAAAGCGAGACCAGCCUGCCCAAUAGCCAGACCAGCCUGUCCAAUAGCGAGACCAGCCUGCACAAUAGCGAGACCAGCCUGCCCAAUAGAGAGACCAACCUGCACAAUAGCGAGACCAGCCUGCACAAGUUAGUCUGA